AUGCAGUUCAACCAGACAUUUCUACUACUACUAGUCAAUUUUUUCAUUACAGUAUUUGCCACAGGAGGCCCACUUGCAGUACAUGCCGAACCAAAUGUUCUUCCGAAGCAACAAUUCAAUGCAUUUGAUUCUACUACAUUUUGUUCCCAGAUUAUUACAUCGACUUGUAAUACUACCUUUUCAUACAUUGAUAAUCUCAACAGUGAGAUUCGUCCUUUUAUCUCGGAUUUAGUCAAGACUUCAUAUUUCCGCUACUUCAAAGUUGACUUGGACAAGCAAUGCAAAUUUUGGAAUGCACAACAUUUCUGUGCUACUGAAAAUUGCGCUGUUGAAGUGUUGGAAGAUUUCAACUGGACGCAGGUGACCAAUGAACAUUUGAAACCAUCCGAAUUGGGUAAGAUUAGCCUUCCAGACUCGACAAGUAUCGGAAAUGCGAUUGAGACAGAGGAGAUUGCCACUUGUGAAGAUUUGGACUACUCGCAUUUCGACGAUGGCCACACUUGUGUAUACGUAAACUUGUUGAACAAUCCAGAGAGGUUUACCGGUUAUGGAGGCGCUCAAAGUUUUGAUGUUUGGAAGGCUAUUUAUUCAGAAAAUUGUUUUCCCAACACCAAUCCAAUGUCAAUGAAGCCAGACCAAGAAGUUGAAGUUUGCAAAGAAAAGAAUUUGUUUUACCGUUUAGUUAGUGGGAUGCAUGCAUCAAUUGCCGUACAUUUAUCCAAUGAAUACUUGAACUCCGAGACUGGCGAGUUUUACCCCAACUUGGAUGUAUUUAUGCAGAGAGUUGGUUCAUUUAAUGACAGAUUGUCCAAUAUUUACUUUAACUAUGCAUUAGUGGCUGAAUCUUUAGUCAAAUUGAACGAUGUCUUGCCAUUAAAGGAAUUUAUCCGCUCAGGGUACGAUGACAUUACCCCAACGCAAAAACAACACUUGUUGGCAAAUAAUGAUACUGAAAAUGUCGAAGUUUAUGACGAGUUGUUAUUGGAAGAUAUUAUUCCAGCAUUGGGAUCAAAUACUUUAUUCAACACUUCAACAUUGUUUGACCCAGCAAAAGACCCCAACUUGAAGAGCGAGUUUAGAGCCAGAUUCAAGAACAUCUCUGCUAUUAUGGACUGUGUUGGAUGCGAUAGGUGCAGAAUGUGGGGUAAGAUUCAAACUAUUGGGUAUGGUACGGCUUUGAAGAUUCUUUUUGAAGACGACUAUGAUAAUUUGAAAUUUAGAAGAAUUGAGAUUGUGGCAUUGAUCAAUACUUUAGAUAGAUUAUCAAAGUCUAUUGCUGCAAUAAACAAUUUCAAGCAAAUGUACCUCCAGCACUUGAAAGACGUUGCUGAAGGUGUUGCACAACCUGGUGUAUAUGACCAUUUGGGAUCUUCACUGAACAAUAGUAAAGGUGGUUUCAAUUUCCCAUUUGUCAAUAAUCUUCCAAAGGGUAGAGUUGGGCCACCAUCGCAGAACCAAGAGAAGCCAGAAACCAAAGAGACUCCACAAAUUGCGCCAAUUCAACCGAAAUCCAAAAAAUCUGCAUCCGAAACAAGUGACUCCUCCACCUCUCUUACUGAUGAUACCAUUGCCGAGCUUUAUAAAAUACCAGCAGGAGAACGUACAUUUAAGCAGGAGUUUAAAUUGGCAUUUUUUGAAGUGUGGCAGGCAUUAAAGUUUGUACUUGGAAGUUAUAAGCAAUUCCCUGUGCUUAUGGGUAAAUUAUCGCUUGCCCAAUUAAACACUUGGUGGAACCAAUUGAUUGGUAAACCAGAUGUGUAUGAGUACAAGAGUACAAUUGAUGUUGAUGCACAAGAGUAUAAUAGACUCAUAAAUCCGUAA